CUCAACUCUUUUCUUUGUAGAAACAAACAAAGAAAGGAAAAGAGGAGAUGAAAAACAUCAAUGGAGGAAUUCUAAGGAAAAUCAAAUCCCUUCCAACAUUAGUUUUCCAAGUAAAUCAUCCAACCAAACAUCUCCAAAGUCAACUAACAACAAACACACAACAUGACAAUAAGAUGCUUUGUCAAAACAUUGAUCUUGCAAAUGAUGUUGAUCAUCAAGAGACUACAUGUGAAUAUGAAACUCAUCAUCUUUUUCAAGAAUCAAACACUAUGGAGGAAAACAAACUCUUGUGUGAUUUUGAAUACAAGUGUCCACAAGGAGGAAAAGACGCGAUCAUUCUCUACACAACGAGCCUAAGAGGGAUAAGGAAGACGUUUGAGGAUUGCAACAUGAUUCGAUUCCUACUAGAAAGCUUUCGUGUUGUCUACUAUGAACGAGAUGUAUCCAUGCACAUCGAGUAUAGAGAGGAGUUGUGGAGGAUUCUUGGAGGAAGAAUUGUCCCUCCAAGAUUGUUUAUUAAAGGUAGAGACAUUGGUAGAGCUAAUGAAGUUGUUGGACUUCAUGAACAAGGGAUUUUAAAGAAACUAUUACAUGACAUUCCUUUAAUUUCUUCAAAUUUUCCAUGUAAUGGUUGUUGUGGGAUUAGAUUUGUUUUGUGUUUGAGUUGUCAUGGAUGUUGCAAGAUCAUAGAUCAAGAUCAAGGUAAAGAUACUAAUGGAUAUCGAAUUCGAUGUCCAAAAUGUAACGAAAAUGGAUUGAUCAAGUGUCCUGUUUGUAGUUAGGUGCCAUCUUCUUGUAAAUAUAGUAUCAUCUUGAAGCUUCAGUAAAGUUGUUUCAGUAUUACUAAGUCAUAAGGUUCGAGCCAUGGAGCCAAUGAUGUUUGUUUGAGUUAGAGUAAACUAUUUGCAUUACACCUUUUGGGAGUGUGGUCCUUAGAGAUCUACACGAACGUGAAACGCUUCGUGCAUCGAGAUGUCAUUUAUGUUAGACUACAUGUAACUAAUGUUUAUGGUUGACUUAGAAUCAG